UGCCCCAUCAUUGGUGUCGGUGGGAGGAAUAGUGCCCCAUCAUUGGUAUCAGUGGGAGGAAUAGUGCCCCAUCAUUGGUGUUUCAGUGGGAGGAAUAGUGCCUCCUUAUUGGUGUCAGUGGGAGGAAUAGUGCCCCAUCAUUGGAGUCAGUGGGAGGAAUAGUGCCCCAUCAUUGGUGUCAGUAGGGGGAAUAGCGCCCCAUCAUUGAUAUCAGUAGGAGGAAUAGUGCCCCAUCAUUGGUGUCAGUGGGAAGAAUAGUGUCCCAUCAUUGGUGUCAGUGGAAGGAAUA